AUGAACGAAUCGAUUGUAUCCAACGAAAGCCCUCGGCGAUCUCUGAGCAUUCAACUUUCUUCUCUGAUGAUCGUCGAUGACAGUUUAUCCUACGGCAGACUUCCUUCUCAAAAUCUCACCCUCUCCAUCCUCAAACUCGAUUCAUCUUCAUUCCAAGUUGAAGUUGCUAAAACAGCAACUGUUGCAGAACUCAAGGAUGCGGUAGAGGCAGUCUUUAGACCGGAAAAAAUAUCGUGGCCACUUGUUUGGGGACAAUUUUGUUUAUGCUAUGAAGCACAGAAGUUAGUUACAGAAACGGAUUAUCUUAGAGAAUAUGGUAUAAAGGACGGUGAUCAGCUUCAUUUUGUUCGCCAUAUAUCCAACGUCUGUAGUAUUCAAAGGAAAUCGAAGAAACGAAUUGUCAAUUUGAACCAACACGGGAGAUCAUCGUCACAAGUGAAUAAAUUCCAACAGAAAGAAAAUGGUGAUGUGAACAACAUUAGUUUAGAUAGUAUAGUCAUAGAGAAUGGGAAGGUUCAGAAUCGCAAUAAAUGCCAACAGAAAGAAAAUGGUGAUGUGAACAACAUUAGUUUAGAUAGUAUAGUCAUAGAGAAUGAGAAGGUUCAGAAUCGCAACGCAGAAGAUAAUCGCCUGGGAAUGGGCAAGUUAACUGGAUAUUUGGGAGGUAUGUUCUCUGAGGCCCGGAUGGCUGUUGUUAGAAGAGCUAGAAAGGAAGGUGGGAUUUCCAGAGGCAUAGUAAGCAGUUUUAGGAAAGUUAAAGGGAUUGUAGGUCAAUGCAGAAAGCCACAUAAAAGGAACACAUGGAAAGAGUUUUCAAGUUGA